ACUUUGAUCAAUAUUCACUUAUAUAUCUUCAAAGUUCAGAAGGGGGUUCAUAUCCUUUAUGUUGUUUGCAUCGAGCAAGUUCGUCGAAGUUCAUGAAUCAGUACAGAGGUCAUAGCUUAUAUCAAUCAUGGAGAACAAAGUCACCAAAAUUAAAGCGGAGUAUCGGAUCAGAAAAAUAGAAGUUCAAGGUGUAAAAGUAAUUGACAGUAUCAUAAUUACAUACGAUGAUGACAGCGUGUGGUCCUAUGGUCUAGGAGGGGGGAAAUCUCGCGGAAAGACAAUCGUUUUCUCCGAAAAUGAAUAUUUGGCACGAGUAACACACGAAACACUGGAGAACAGGAGAUGGGCAGGAGCAGCACUAGAACUGGAGACCAGCCGAGGCAGGACCUUCUCCUUCGAGCCUGUGUGCUCGAGAACACCCAAACACAAACGGACCACAAUAACAGCUGAUGAUGGGAUGGAGAUACUUUCGUUGAAGAUAAAGUCUGGCAAGUUAAUCGGGUUUGAGCAGCAGCCUUGUGGUGAGGAGAGUACGGCUGAUAAAGAUUGGUUUAAUGUGAUCUAUCUGGGUACUAAGGAGGAGGAUGUGGAAAUUAAAGAGUUCUCGGACCGACAAGAAGCAGCAAACUGGUGGAAGGAGAUCAUUGCCAGGUGUAGUAUGAAGGCAGGGCGCGGGGCGCUGUAUCUUGAUACCAAACAGAACGUUAUCCUUAACAAGACCGGAUCUGCUAAUAUGACAGCCCACCUGAUCUCAGUAGCCGAGGAAAGGGGGAUAUACCUCAACAUGAAGGAGCACACUACCAAACUAUCAAUACCAGCUGUCCUCUCAGCAGUCUCUAAAGCUCUCCUAACCAAACGAGACACGAUUAGAAUGAUUGUUGUAACCGUGAUGGUCAUAUGCAGCAAAGUUCUGGAAUUAGAGAUUUUAAACUUAACUGGGAAUAUCAUCUCAACUUUGUCCGACAACACUACAGUUAUCAACCAGAAUAUCUAUGCUAACACUCUCUGUCGAACCUUUUUGGAGUGUAAUCAGGACAGCAGGUUCGAUUAUAUCAAGUCAAUGUUGGUUAGUUUUGUGUUGAUGGUACUGUUAGAGCGGUUAGUGUACCUUGGAAAUGUUUAUAUUCACAUUCGCGGACUGUACGGAAUUAUGGGAGCUUUGAGGACGAAAUCUCUGGAGAAAGCGCUGUUCUUGCACCAAGGAUAUCAUGACUCUCACACUCUAGCUGAUCUGAAUAAUAAUAGCAACAUUCAUUCUGUCUCCCGUUUGAUAAGUUGGAAUUUCCCCUACGCUUUGGCCCAUCUUCUGGGAAUAUUUGCGAGUGGAGUCUACAUGGUGAAAAAGAACCUUCAAAUCGGAGGAGCUGUAGUUUUAUUCACAAUACUUUUUAACAUUCUCUAUCUUAUGCCAGGAAAGAGGGAGGCGAUGAGGUUACAGCGUUGUCGGACUAAACUAGCUUCUUCUGCAGAGGAUCUUAUUAACGAGGCUCUGGACAUGGUAUCGACUGUAAAGCAAUUCUCCCAAGAGAAACUUCACAUCAAGGAACAGAAAGUGGCAGAAAGUAGCUGGAUUUCAUGUGAACUGAAGCUUGUGCUCAAUAGAAUCCAGAAUGAAUUUGUUGAACAUGCUUUUAAAUAUCUUUUGUUAGCUUUAAUGAUUGCUUACGAAGCAACAGCCGUGGAAUCUGUUUUUAGGCCCGGAGAGUUCAUGAUAUUUUACAUCUUGUUUGAUAGGUUUCAACAUCAGUUUACGUGUCUAAACUCUCAAAUAGAGCUUUUUGAAGAAGACUUAUCAAAGGUAGAAAAUUAUGUGGAGUUCAUGUCAACACCUUCUGAGGUGGUUUCCGGCAAAGAUACAGUAGGUUCACUGGAGGAGGAUAUACAGUUUGAAAAUGUUAACUUUGGGUACCCCACCCGGAUCGGUGAGAAAGUUUUUUCAGGGUUAAACCUGAAAAUCCAGCGCAAGAAGAUGACAGCAAUCGUGGGUGAUUCUGGCAGUGGUAAGACAACGAUUGCCAAGCUAUUAAUGAGACUAUACGACCCACAACAAGGCAAGGUAACUAUUGGUGGCAAGGAUAUCAGGAACUUUAAUUUGGCAGAGCUGCAUGGGAAGAUGGCGAUUGUGAGUCAGAACCCCAACCUUAUGAGCACCACCCUAAUGGAUAACAUCUCCUACGGUGCAGUAUUUCCAGAUCAAGUCACCAAUAGCAGAAUUAAAAACGCGGCUGAGUUAGCAAAUUGUGAUUUUAUUAACAAGUUUCGUAGUGGAAUGGAGACGUUUGCAGGAGCACGUGGUUUACAGCUUUCAGGAGGACAAAAACAGAGGAUAGCCAUAGCCAGAGCAGCGAUGAGAGAUCCAGAGAUCUUGAUAUUGGACGAGGCAACCUCAGCCCUGGAUGCACAGAACGAGAGAGAUGUCCAGGAAGCACUGGAUAAGUUAAUGGCAGGGAAAACAACCAUAGUGAUAGCCCACAGACUGAGCACAAUACGGCACGCAGAUGAGAUUAUCUGUUUAAAGGAUGGGGAGGUAAAGGAGAGAGGUACACAUGAUGAGCUGAUGGGGUUGAGGAACUACUAUGCUAACUUAGUGUCCAAGCAGCUGGUGGAGGAUACUUGUAAGAUUAUGAAGCAAAAUACCAGGUCAGAGGUGGACAUGAUACGGUUAAUGAGAAGGGCAUCAGAGACAUUUAUAAGACAGUCUAGUCAGCUGAAAAACGGUCGGCCUAUCGAUGAGGUGAGAGUUGACAGAGGGCAGUCGUUGCAAAAUAAUGAAAUUGCCGAUCCCUUGAUAGGAAAUUUUGAGUUGGAUGAGAAUAACUUUGGCCCAAGUGGAGAAUAAUAUUAAGAUAAUCAAGUUUAGUUAAUAUUAAUAUAAUUUAUAGUGAUGUUAUAAUUUGUAGUAGCUGUUGAUUUAUUGCUGUUGAGUGUUGAGCUACAGGUGAUAAUUGUUAUUGAUGGGAUUAUUUUCAUGUUAGACUUCAUAAAUUAUUAUUUUAGUUUUAGUAGCAAUAAGCAAAGAUUUCGUAAUUGUAUUAUUAACGAAAAAUGCAGAGAAUGUUCAAAUGCUUAAUCUUACCUUCGGUUU